AUGGAUUUUCAAAGCGUAAAUCUUUUAAAUGUUAGAUUAAAUAAAUUCUCAGGCAAUUUGUUACCGAUGACCAGCAAUGAUUCGCUCUUUCCUGUAUCUUGGAGAAUAUAUAGUGCCAUUAUAUGGCUGAUCGAAGCGAUUCAAACCAGCGCCGUAAUUCCCGGAAUCUUAUCUGUGCCUAAAGAUAAGGCUUUACAGGAUGGAACAGUCAGUCUUGUGAUUACCAUAGAAGUAUUCUUUUUACUACGACAAAUGCACGUGCACAAAAAUCUUGUGAAUCAAUUGAUUGAAAAGCUAAAUGAAAUUUUGCAUGCUGAGGACAAGUCUAUGAAAAUCAUCGUGAAAUCGACAUUAAAGCCGGUAGAAGUUCCACUCAAAUUUUAUUGUAUCGCUGGAACUGGAUCCUUAAUAGUGUGGUGUGGUGUAUCAUUUGCGUUGAUCUUCAAAAAAAAGUAUUUUUAUUAUGACGAUUAUAGGGUACCAAUAGUUCUUUCAAAAGAACCAUUCUCAGCGGAAAUCUUUUUCCUUGGAAACUGUAUUGUAUCUAUUGCCAGCAUAUUUAUGUUUCUAAAAAAAGUUGCCUUGGAUGUCUACAUGAUAAAUUUUGUAUUAUUAGUAACAUCGCAGUAUCGCUAUAUGGCAAUAAAACUCGCAACAAUAUUUCGAAAAAACUCUCCACAGAAUGAAUCCCAACAAGAAUAUUCUUCUGUAAAUUCAUUGGCACUCACGGAGAUGAAAGCGUUAUGUCGACAUUACAAUGCUGUAGUUCAAAUUACGUACAUGCUAAAGAAAUUAUUAUCUUUAAAUAUGAGUCUAUUAUAUUUGACAAAUAUUUUCACUUUUUGUUUUCUCGAUAUCAUGCUGAUAAGUGCAGUGAGUAAUUUACUCCUAGAAGGAGUUAUGAUCAUUAUGUACAUAUGCGGUGGCUUAGUACAGCUUUAUAUUAUAUGCUUAUGUGUUCAUCAAUUAUUAGAUGCGAGUACAGAAAUAUCAGAUAAGGCGUUCCAUGAGAAAUGGUACCAAUCUGAACCAUUAUUAAAACAUAUGUUCAGGAUGAUGAUAAUAACCAAUAAUUUAGAGUGUAAACUCUCAGUUUCUGAAAAAUUUAAUCUGUCUUUGCCUUCAUUCAUGACGGUAAGACGUAUACUACUUACAUUAAAUGACAACACUAAUUUUACUAAUCAUAAGACAAAACGUUACAAGUUCUAA